AUGUCGACUGAUGCCCUAAAAUACGAGACGGACACGUUGACUGAGACUACAAACUGCUCCGAGGACUCGACCACUUCCGAAGCCAGCCCCUUCAAAAUGCACAAACACCCGGAAUUCAGGUUCAACAGAAGCGAGGAGCGCACGAUGAAACGCUUCUUCUAUUGUGGUGGGAAUGUGGGAAUUAAGGUGAGUGAAGGGAUACUGUAAGAAAUUUUUAUUUUGACUUUAAUUUUUUUUGCAAAAAUCGGGGAAAUUUUUGAAAUUUCGGCGGAAAAGCGGUGAAAUUUUUGUCUAAAAUCCUCGUAGAACAUUUUAAAGUUAUUUUUAUACCUUUGGAUUUCCGGAUUACGGUAGCUUUUGCCUUAUUUUGCCCUAAAAUGGGAUUUUUAGGCAAAAAUUGGGGAUUUUUUUGAAAUUUCGGGGAAAAAUCGGUGAAAUUAUUGUCGGCAAUCCUCGUACGGUCUUUUACAGUCAUUUUUGUAUCUUUGGAUUUCCGGAUUACGGUAGCUUUUGCCUUUUUUGCCCUAAAACGAGAUUUUUUGGCAAAAAUUGGGGAAAUUUUUGAAAUUUCGGGGAAAAAAUCGAUGAAAUUUAUGUCUAAAAUCCUUGCAGAACAUUUCAAAGAUAUUUUUAUACCUUUGGAUAUGUAGGUUACUGUAAUUUUAGUCUUAUUUUGCCUUAAAUUGAGAUUUUUUGACAAAAAUUGGGGAAAUUUUUAAAAUUUCGGGGAAAAAAUCGGUGAAAUUUUUAUCGGCAAUCCUCGUAGGACAUUUUACAAUCAUUUUUAUAUCUUUGAAUUUCCGGAUUACGGUAGCUUUUGCCUUAUUUUGCCCUAAAAUGAGAUUUUUAGGCAAAAAUUGGGCAAAUUUUAGAAAUUUUGGGGAAAAAGCGGUGAAAUUUUUGUCUACAAUCCUAGUACGACCUUUUACAGUCAUUUUUGUACCUUUGAAUUUCCGGAUUACGGUAGCUUUUGCCUUAUUUUGCCCUAAAUUUAAAUUUUUUGGCGAAAAUCGGGCAAAUUUUUGAAAUUUCGGGGAAAAAUCGAUGAAAUUUUCGUCUACAAUCCUAGUACCACCUUUUACUAUCAUUUUUAUACCUUUAAAUUUCCGGAUUACGGUAGCUUUUGCCUUAUUUUGCCCUAAAUUUCAAUUUUUAGAAGAAAUUUGCCCCAAAAUUGAGCAAAAAUCAAACUUUUUAGCGAUUUUCCACUGUUUCAUUACGUCUCCCAUAAUCCCCACUUAGUUUUACAGCCGUUUACAGCCCAUAAACCCGUUUCCCAUUUCCUAAAACCCCAAUAAAUCCGCCGAAACCCCGAAAAACUAAUAAAUCGGAUAAUUUCAGCGGAUAACGUUGGCCAUCCUCAUCCUCAACACGCUCUGGAGUUGGGCGGUGGGCGUCGCUGGGGUGUACUUUGACAUUCUGUACAAUCAAGCCGAAUUCCAUCGACAAUUCAUACAUGUUUAUGUGUGCGUGGUCCAAACAAUCAUCCAUUACUACACGAUUACCGGUGUUGUGAAGAGUAUUGUGUGGAAUAUGCAGGUCUACAUCAUGUACACGGUAAGUUGAGAGGGUUAAAUUGCGAAAAAAUUAAUUUUUGGGCAAAAAAUCGCUAUUUUUUCGAAAAAUUCGAAUUUUUCUACGAAAAAAUCAAUUUAAAAAAAAAAUUUUUUACUUCAAAAUACUCAAAAUUAAAUUUUCUAUCUAUUUUCACUUUUUCCCCUACAAUUUUUCCUCAUUUUUCCCAUGUUUUCCCCGAUUUUCCCUCAAAAAUCCAAUCGCACUGUGCGAACCACCAUUUUCGCGGAUUGCACUGUGCAAUGACCUCAAAAUUCAAACGCACUGUGCAAUCGAAACAUCUCUCUUUUCUCUUUCGAUUUUCCCGCCAAAAUCCGGAGAGAAACGGAGAGGAAUGUUGGUGUGCAGUCGUGUCCGAGUGGUUAAGGAGAUUGACUAGAAAUCAAUUGGGCUCUGCCCGCACAGGUUCGAAUCCUGUCGACUGCGGAUGAAUUUUUUGGCGUUUUUAUAGUCGAAUUUGAAUAAAAAUAGUAUUCAGAUUUAUUUAUUUACCUUUUUUAGUCUUAAAAAGUUUUUUCAAGCCUUUUUCUGCUCGUUUUUAUCAAAAAUUUUAAGAAAAUUAAACUUUUUUUAAAAAAAUCUAGACUAAAAUAAAAACAUUCUAAUUUCAGCUGAUCUGCGUGACAAUUCUCAUCAUCCACUGCAUCUACGAGUUCGUCAAGAUGGAUGUGAAAGAGCUCUUCUCGCCGGAGCAAGUCAUUUUCACGGCUCCAUUCAUCAUCACGUCCUUUGGCAACAUGAUCUGCUGUUAUUUCGCUUACGAGACCUAUCGCUUCCUGGCGACCGUCGCCCACGACCAUCACAACUUCGCGCCGGACGCGGGAAGAGCGAUGGAAGAGGAGAAGCGAUCGUUUCGCGACUACAUGUUCGCGAAUCCCGGCCUCUAUCACGAGAAAAAAGAGGAGGAGAAGACCCGAAAAAUAUUGGGCAAUAUCGCCUGA